GCUAAAGGCCUCUCAUCAACCUCUCCUGUGUCCAGGAACACCUCCAUAGUAAUCAUUUCGUUUAUUUUGUCUUUUGGAGCUGGAGCGCAUUGCCAGAAGUGGUCGAUUCAACUGAAGCUUUUUUUUUGUUGUAAAUGCUUGUUGUAUGAUGACUCCAGCUUGAGGAGCCAUCACCAAAAACAAAAAAGUUUUCUUCAAACGCAUUUCGAAUAAAAACUAGAAUAAAACAGAAGCAACUACAACCAUAUCCUGCUAUUUGAAGGACUUCUUCAACGACUAGGAUCACGUUCCAACCAGCUACCGAGAUAGACUACAGUAACCCACUCUGUGAAUUGUUCAUGUCGUGCCAACAACACAGGACGGGCUCAAGGAGACAGGACUUGUGAACUCAACUGGGACUUUUAUUUCGUUCUACACGUUUUAACUACAACAAACUUAUUUUACUGUUAUUUGUCAACCACCAAGAAGGAAAGAUUGCUCUUCAACAACUACCUUCCUAUUAUUCUCAUUUGGCUGGAGCGGGUUUGUACGAAACUGUUUUAAUGUUUGGAAUUCAGGAAAAUAUAGGCUUACCUAGAGGAGGGACGACAAUGAAAGAGGAACCGCUGGGCAGCGGGAUGAACUCGGUCCGCUCGUGGAUGCACACAUCCGGGGUAGUGGAUGCGAACACAGCCGCCCAAAGCGGUGUGGGUUUGGCUCGGGCACACUACGAGAAGCAACCACCGUCCAACCUCAGAAAAUCCAACUUUUUCCACUUCGUUCUUGCGCUGUAUGACAGACAAGGACAGCCGGUGGAGAUCGAACGGACAGCUUAUGUGGACUUUGUGGAGAAGGACAAAGAACCAAACAGUGAAAAAACUAACAAUGGGAUACACUACAAACUACAGUUACUGUACAGCAACGGUGUCAGAACAGAACAGGAUCUUUUCGUACGAUUAAUCGAUUCCAUGACAAAACAGGCUAUUAUCUAUGAAGGUCAAGACAAAAACCCAGAGAUGUGCCGAGUGCUUCUCACACACGAAAUCAUGUGCAGUCGGUGUUGUGAUAAGAAGAGUUGUGGCAACAGGAACGAGACUCCUUCAGAUCCCGUUAUCAUCGACAG